AUUUUUGUUCAGUAUAUUAACCUGGAGGAGGUGUACAAUUCCACCCACAUUCAUCCCGCAGUAGAACGAAAUACUGUUAUGAUGUUGGUAUACUUCCACAGAUAUUUCCUCAAAGACUAAGGCAAUAUCAAAACUGUAUUGGUCUAAACAUCAGGUUAAAAACUAUGAUGAAAACCAGCCUGGUCCUCUGGGUAAAUUUAAAGGAAGUAUUAUACACAGGAAACCAGAUACAGCAGGCUCAUUUCCUCAUACUGUGACUGUGUGACGCUUGAUGGCCUCCCUACUCAGUCUCAGACAACGGUCUGAACGCACUUCUGGGAAAUGGCUCAAAAUUGCCUCAAGUGUUUGAAAUACACCAUGUGUGUGGUUAACUUCUUGGUCUUUAUGUGUGGAACGGUAGGGUUUGGUUUUGGAGUGUUCCUGAUGAUGAACUCUAAGGUGUCGUCUCUCAUCCCGUCCCUGUCCUCCCUGAACCUUGCCAACAUGUUCUUCAUCACCGGCAUCAUCAUGACCUGUGUGUCCUUCCUGGGGUUCCUGGGGGCCAUGAAAGAGAACCGCUGCCUCCUCAUCACUUUUUUCAUCCUUCUGUUCAUUCUGAUGUUGGUGGAGUUGACUACAGCCGUUCUACUGCUGUUAUAUGAGAGCAAGAUUGACAGCUUCCUAAAGAGGGAUCUCACAGACAGUCUGGAGAAGUCCCGGGAAUCAGCUAAAGGUGGGAAUUCAACGAUGACCAUGGACGACUGGGACAUCAUUCAGACCAUGUUCCAGUGCUGUGGGGUCCAAAACUCAAGUGACUGGAAGGAUAAAGUGCCUGCGUCCUGCUGCUCCAAGACCAAAUGUGACAAUCAGCCGGGUUGUUACAUUAAACUGAAGGCCUGGUUUGAGAAUAACUUCCUAGCAACUGGGGUUGCUGUGAUUGUGCUCUGCAUCGUUGAGGUCCUGGGCAUGUGUUUUUCCGUGACUCUGUCCUGCCACAUAAGCCAGUCUGGACUCAGCUACAAAUGAUGAAAACAAUGUUUAGUUUUUUGUUUGUUUUCUGUAAUAUAAUCCCCUCUCGGCAGACACUUUUAACAUUUUAGUCAUUUAGCAGACACUCUUAUCCAGAGUGACUUACAGGAGGAAUCUGCUCAAGGCCACAUCGACAGAGUUUUCAACUAGUCAGUUUGGGGGUUCAAACCAGUUAACUUUUUGUCUUAACAGCUAGGCUAUCUACCUGCACUUUUGAAUGCUAUGUAAUACUAUUGAUACUGUGACUGUACUGACACAUUUUGUAAACAACCCAAAUAAUUCAAUAAACAUUGAGCUGUUCUUUAAUUUUAA